AAUUAACAAUUGAAAAUAAUCAAAAACAAAUUGAAAGUCUAAUUGAAACUGCUGAUAUUUGUUUAACAAUUCAAAAUGAUUCAAGAAAAAAUAAAAUAGUAGAUAUAAAAUUACUUCCCUCUGGAUAUCAUACAGCACAUCCUCCAGAGAAAGAUAAAUGUGAUCAUUGUGAUAAUAAAUUUGAUCCAAAUCUUCCACAG